GUGAAUAACCGUGGAAUUUUUAAUUUUUUACUACCAGAACAUUUUUGUAUAUCUAUCUCACCGUAACUGCCUCCGGCUCCUGAAAUCUUAUAGCCGUUCGCAGUUUUUUAAACAGCUCCCCACACGCCGCAUACUCCAGGAUCAAAUACACCCGCUGCUGAUCCCAGAACACGCCGUACAUCUGCAGAAUAUUGGGAUGCCGCAGCCGUGCCUGGAUCUCGAUCUCGCGGCGCAGCGUCUGCUCCUGUUUAUUGUCCAGCAGCUCUUUCUUGAACAGCACCUUCAGCGCCACAAUAUAAUCCGAUUUCUUCUCCUUGGCCAGGUAGACCCGGCCGAAUUUCCCCUUGCCCAGGGGACGGCCGAUGUCGAAAUCUCUGUACGACCAUUUGCGCACGGUUCUCUUUCUAGCGUCGUUCUCUUUGAAGGAGCCGGUGGAUGUGGCGGAUGCCCCGCAAUCGGUGGACCGCGCGGAGGGAAUGGCGGGGAUGAUCGGUCGGUUAACUGGUCGGCUGAGCGCUGGAGUUUGGAAAUCCAAGGCUCGUCUGUUGCAAAAACACAGGGAGCACGCGUCCAAGCAAGGAUGCUGGGAAGGAUAAGAUUUCCACUUACUGCUCGAAUCGUUGAGUUAAAACUGUGACGGUCUUCUUAAUAUCCAUAUCGCUCGGAAUACUAUUCAUGAAAACUCCAGAGCUUCGAAGCAACAAUUUCUCAACCAUGCGCAAAUGUUAGGUUCCUUUGAAAAUACACAGGCCAACAUACAACUUACAGAAAUUAACAGAAAACGAUUACAAGAACAGAACUUGACGCACCAUGAUAACUUGGACGGAGAUAAAGCUUUCAGUUGCCGUUUGCCAACGCUUUUGUUACUAUCGAGGCUACGCUUUCCAUUUCCAAUUUAACUUCCGUUUCCAGUUCCCGUCGGUGGAUGCCAAUCACGCAGCUACCGUCUAUAGAGGGUCGCCGUUUCCCAAUGAUUGAGCGCUGGAAGUCGCAUGUAUGACUCACGACCUAAUGGAAAUCCAUUUCCGCCGACCGAUUUCCGCUUUUAUUGUCAGUGCAACAAGUUUGCUCUGCGAGUCUUCAACGCUCUACAAAGUACAAACUACAAGCCUACAUUAUUUUUAGUUUAGAACUUUAGCACAAAGAAAAAGCCUACAAAUCUUUGCUUAUCCCUUGAUUUUGAUUCUUGAACUGUUUCUCUGAGUCUUUUAUGACUUUGCCUUGAGGUAACUUGCUAAUCCUUCGCUCCACUGUUAAACCAUCAGCGAGAAUGGAGAAUCAUGAUAGUUUCCCUGAAAACGACGAGCGCCAAGCUGCACUGGCUAGACUCGAACAGGCCUUCUCCAGACUGAAAGCCCACACUGAUGAGCGCCAGCAGGAUAAAGCGGCGAAGAAUGCCGAAAUCCAGAAACUCCAGGCUACACUACUAAAUAAACGUCAGGAGCUAAAGUUGCUGGAAGAACAGGCAAAGAAACUGGAGGAUUGUCAAACUGUGGAGGUGGUUCAGAAAGAAGCGGAACUGGCGGAGGAAACGAAGGCACUUGCUGAACUGGAAAACCAGUUGAAUAUCUCCAGUGAACUGGUUGAUUUGACACAGAAAUGUGUGCGGCUGGAGUGCAAAUUUAAAGAUGAGGAAAAGCCCGCUGAAGUCACGAGUGCUUUUUUGAUGCGGUACAGCGGGAAACAGAACGCAUUCGUUCCGACGCGCUGUGUUCCGAUGGGUUUGCCAUACGAUGCGGCACAGGUGGGGAUGUUGUGGCAAUGGUUGGAGGAAAUUGUGCAGAAGGAAGAAGCGCUGGAGCACAAGAAAGACCAGCACAUGGAUCUGCUCAGCACCGAUGUUCACAUGGUCGAGUAAGGCGGACGCCUGGAACGCCACGUGCUGAUUAACGGCAUUUUUCAGGAAGAUUAGAUGCCUUGUCGCCUGUCGGUUUCCGGCAUUUAUUUCUUUGGAGAUCUUCCCUGCUGAUCCUGCGUGAUGACGAAUAUUUGGUCUCUUUUACCAGCGCUGUUUCUGCAUGUUAUUACUCAGUUUUAUUUUAUAUUGGUUUGCCCGUUUGCAUGUCGUAUUUUAGGCGACAGUUUGUGCUACAAAAGUUGCGAGCAGAUUGGGUUGAAUUCGGACUUGGUCUGGUUGAUGCACUUUUUUGGGAUCGGGUCGCGCCUGUCAUAUAACGAUGGCGCGUUGAGCAGAAUGGUUAAUGUGCCCACCAGCACACCGAUCCCGAAUAAAAUCAGG